AAGUAAUCGUGUUCCAAUCAUGUCACCGCCUACCUGAUUAGGUAGCUACUAGUGAUUCCUCUCGAACACAACUGUCGCGUUCCUAAGCAAACCAUCCAUUGUUUCUUUUAUUUUUUAUUUUCUUUCCUUAAUCCUAGCUGCACUCCCGCAGCCUACCUCCUAAUACUAGACCACCGGUACCUACCUAUGUGCCCAGGUAGAUGCAACUUCACGGUCUCUACACGCCCAAACGAUACAUGCAUUCUUCUAGAGCUUGAUUAGCUAGGUAGCUUUAGGAACGGACACAUUCGUCGAAGCCUCGAAAGUCAAUAGCAAUAUCCUUUACGACCUUUAUCGAGCCUUAUUGCCCUGCUGCUUCUCACUACUUCACCCCAGCCUUGCGCAUACCUAUUAGCUUAGCUAGCUACUUUGUUUUUCCAGUGAACACCAGUAAUAAUGUCAACAGUCACCGCAACGGCGCUGCAGAGCGCAUACCCCCCCAUCAUCCCCCUCUCGUUCAACGGAAACCAGCCAAACACGAUCCGACUAUACCCGCUGUCCAACUACACAUUUGGCGUGAAGGAGACACAGCCCGAGGAGGACCCGUCCGUUAUUGCUCGCCUGCGACGACUUGAGGAGCACUACAAUGCCCAUGGCAUGCGCCGAACCUGCGAGGGCAUCCUCGUCUGCCACGAGCACAACCAUCCCCACAUACUCAUGCUGCAGAUCGCCAAUGCUUUCUUCAAGCUACCCGGCGACUACCUCAAGCCAGAGGAUGACGAGAUAGAAGGAUUCAAGGCACGACUGGACGAGCGACUGGCUCCCGUUGGCAAGCUAGGCGAAGGUGAAGAGCCCGGCGACUGGCAGAUCGGCGAUUGCCUCGCGCAGUGGUGGAGACCCAACUUCGAGACGUUCAUGUACCCGUUCAUCCCGGCCCACGUCACGCGACCUAAGGAGUGCAAGAAGCUUUACUUUAUCCAGCUGCCAGAGAGCAAGGUUCUUAGCGUGCCCAAGAACAUGAAGCUCCUUGCCGUCCCCCUCUUCGAGCUCUACGACAACACAGCUAGAUACGGCCCUCAGCUCUCUGCGAUCCCGCAUCUCCUCAGCCGAUACAACUUCGAGUUCGUCAACGAGAGCGGCGAGAUCGUUGCCGCCACUCCGGGCCUAGGGCCAGACGGCUUCGACCUAAAGACGAAGGUUCUUGCGGGAGGCGACGAAGACAUGGAUGAUGUGAAGGGAGAGAAUGGAACGAACUAAGUGACGUUGUGAUAAUGAGAACUUGGUGAAUAUGGAACAUGGAACAUUGGACCUCGACGUCGUCGUCGACACGGAAAGGUUCAGUUCAAGACGAGGG